AUGGAAACAGCUUCUUCCGCUUCUUCUUCUUCCUCAGCUAACAGGUACGGUUCCAACUCCUUCUCCCUCUCACAAGCUUCUUACCAAGCCCUUGUCAAUGGCGUCACUUGCAACCCACCUCUCUGCCUCCCUCAUCCUCGCCCCCAUCGGCGUUCGUCGGCUCCUCGGUUCUUCCUCCAUUUACCUCAACAACCCAUCUCUUUGCCGAUCAAAAAUCUGCAAUCAGUCGCCAUUUUCUUCUUCUGGGCGCUUGCGAUUCUCAUCAUUUUGCGGGAAAAUCUCGGUCCUCUUCUUGUAAGUGAGAGUUUCAUCUUCGUUUUCGCCGGAGUUGCGUUUCUUGUUGAGUUUUCCGUGAUUGGUAAGGGGAUUACUGGUCUUGGUGGUGAUUUGUAUCACAUUUCUGGAGGAUUAACCCUUCUUUGCGCUUGUUCCUGCUUGUUUUUAUCUAUGAAACCGUCUGCAUUUUUCGCUGAAUUUCUACUUUCCUCUGGCUUAACGUUUAAGGGCACAUGGCUGUUUCAAAUUGGCUUGUCUUUGUAUACCGAUGCAUUUGCUUUGAAGGGUUGUCGUGCAAUGUUGGUGUUGCCUGCUACUGGUGACGCUUUUGUACAAUGUGAUCUUGAGGAAGAUGGUCUGAGGGGCAUUGCUUUGAUGAACCUAAUAUUCAUUGGCCAUGUUGUUUUAGUUUUGAUAUUGGGUUUAGGUUUGAUUGGCUUGUUGUCCAGCAACAGGAAUUUUAGGAUCGGCCAGGGAAGUGGCCCAUUGUUGGCUGAGCUUGGACAGGAGACUGUUGAUUCGCUCAGCUCCUGAGCUUGAAAUGGACUGAAGGUGUAGCUACACAUUCUUGACGGUAUUCUUCAUAUCAUUAUGUCAUUAUGUUGAAGAACAAAUGAUUUGUUCAUUCAUGCUUUAGGCCACAGUAAAUGUUUGUAAGUUUCUCUGUUUUUUAAUCUUCUUUUUGAAGUAUUGAUUAAUAGAGAAUUUAGUAGAUUAGUUUACCUCGUAGUUCAUUAUGUCCA